CGCAACCUCCCCUUUUCUCCCUUCCCUAGGCUGCCGCCGCCACUGCCCCAGUUCCUCCGGCGCCCGGCACUACAGUCCGCCGCCUCCUCCACCACCGGCUCCUCGCUGUAGUGCCAGCACCGGCCCGAACACCAGCUCCCCCACCCCUCCCUUUCUUCCCCGAGUACGGCAGCGGAAGGAGGGCCGCGACGCCGCCGCCGAGCACGGUGAGACCACUUUCGUCGGAUCUGUCGAUUUGCCAGACUCAGCUCAACAUUGCGGCCGCUCUCCAAGGUGAGGAAGAGGAGUGCGGCGGCGAGCUCUUCGAGUCGGGGCCCUCGCUGCUCGUCUUCCUGCUCAUCAUCCAGGGCGGCGGCAUGGACCUCUCCUGCUACGGCGAGAGGCUGCUCAGCUCCGCGCGCUUCGCGCGCUCCCUCAACCUCCCCCCUCCCCGGCCCCAACCCCUUCCUGCUCGAGAAGGAAAUGGAUACUGCUGUCAUUCAGAAGGACUUGGGCCUUCCAGUUGGAGAAACAAUAUUCGGGAAAACAAUACUUAUCAUGGGGUUCGGAGCCAUUGGCAUGGAAAUUGCCAAGAGACUAAGACCAUUUGGAGUGAAAAUUCUUGCUACAAAAAGAAACUGGUCAUCAAAUACAGUGUCUUGUGAUCUUGAUGGGCUGGUUGACAAGAAAGGUGGUCCAGAAGAUAUGUACGAACUCGCUCGAGAAGCUGACAUAGUUAUAACUUGCAUGACGUUAAACAAUGAAUCAGUUGGGAUUGUGGAUCACAAGUUCCUGUCAGCUUUGAAAAAGUUAGAAUGGAGUUGUUUUAAAUACUAGACUACCUACAGGACUGAGCGCUACAGGUGCGGAGGAUAGUUCUUCCGAUUAAUCGUCGUGUUGAGGCAAGUGCACGGCGGACCUUUUCUCCGUAUACUUGACUGUGUUGUUGAUGCAGGUCUAUGAAAAUAAGUUGAGUAGUCUGACUAGAGGAUGACAGAGGACAUCGAGAUUUUGAUCCAGCAGCCUUGCCCCCUUUCGUCCGGUGUGCCGCCUGCAGGAGAUUACGUUCUAGAUCUUCAGAAUUUUUAGGUACUCACUCUCCCUUGAUGCUCUUUGAUGGAACCUACUUUGCAGGAAAGCGUGCCAGUAGUAAGAAGUUUUAACAAGUCUGUUACUGAAAGUGCUGUAGGCACUGAUGUGAUCCGAGGUGACCAACCUGAGCAGCAGUUUAGUGAAGGUAUACUCAGACCCGAGGAUCCUAGAAAAUUAUAAAUUAUACUGUAGAUGUUUGCAUAGCCAGAUCAUUGAUAGGUGCAUAUUAUUGUGCACACAAGCAAACUUAGUUGAGUACUUCAUUGAUUAAUUUGGACUAACUGAAUGUGAUCUUCCCAAUCUAAUAUGUGUACUUCUAGCUCUAAGGACUAGCAAGAGUUAAAUAUUGCAGGUUGUAAAUGAUGGAACUCAUAUAACUGAAUGUGAAUGAAGUACCGAUAGUUGCUAAUUUUUGUAUUUUUGGUUUGUACAACUCAGGUGUUUGAUACAGUUCUCCUAAAAAGGGAGAAGUGUCUGAGGUGAUUUCUUCUUUGCAUGAUAUUACAGUGUCCUCCCGUAUUUUCUGUUUUUUGUAGGCAUGUUAAAAUGUUGUUGUUCCUUUUGACCACACUAAUGUGUCUGUCCACUCACCAGUCACCAUGCCUAACAAUUUUCUAUUUAUUUUUUUGUAGGAAAUCUACUUGCUCUUUCAAGCUAUGAAUAUUUUAGAUCAGUAUAUUUUAAGGUUGUAAAGACUGAUGUGUCGGCUAAAGAUUAAAGAUCAUAAAUUCAUUAUUUACCCUACCAAGUUUAUUUCUCUUUGAAGAUUAUUCUAGAAACUAUAUUAUAA